GUCCCAUAUUUUUAGGCAAAAAAACAUCCAACAGAAGAGGGAAAAAAACGUUUUUUUUUUCACAAGGAAGAAAAUGUCAUCUUCCUCUGUCUCUCUCACCUUCAUCUUCCUCCUCCUCGUUCCUCUUCUCUGUUCCUCUGCAACAUCAUCAUCGCCAUCUUCCGACAACAUCACCGAGCUCUUCGACAACUGGUGUCGGAAACAUGGGAAGGCAUACGCGUCGGAGGAAGAGAGGCAAUACAGGCUUCAAGUCUUCAGAGGCAACCAUGAUUUCGUUAUCCAACACAAUCAUAUGAGCAGCUCCACUUAUUCUUUGUCUUUGAACGCUUUAGCGGAUCUGACCCACCACGAGUUCAGGACCUCUCGUCUUGGGCUUUCUGCUUCAGCGAUGAGGAUUAAGAGACACAGACAGAGGCAGAACCAGAAUCAGAGUCUCGGCGCAAACGUUCAAAAUCUUCCGGACGAAGUUGAUUGGAGGGCGAAAGGGGCUGUGACCAAUGUCAAAGAUCAAGGAAGCUGCGGUGCUUGUUGGUCGUUCUCUGCCACGGGAGCUAUGGAGGGGAUAAACCAGAUUGUGACAGGAUCUCUCGUUAGCCUCUCGGAACAGGAACUGAUUGAUUGCGAUAGGUCUUACAAUACCGGUUGCAAUGGCGGUCUCAUGGACUAUGCCUACCAAUUUGUGGCCAACAAUGGUGGAAUGGACACGGAGGAGGACUAUCCUUUUCAAGAACGCGACGGAACCUGUAACAAACAGAAGUUAAAGAGACGGGUCGUGACAAUUGAUAGCUAUACUGAUGUACCGUCAAAUGACGAAAAGGCAUUAAUGAAAGCGGUGGCGACUCAGCCAGUCAGUGUUGGCAUAUGCGGCAGUGAGAGAGCAUUUCAGUUAUAUUCUAGUGGAAUCUUCACGGGUCCUUGUUCGACGUCUUUGGAUCACGCAGUGCUCAUUGUAGGAUAUGGUUCGAAGAACAAUGUAGAUUAUUGGAUCGUGAAAAACUCGUGGGGAAAGAGGUGGGGAAUGGAUGGGUAUAUUUACAUGCAGCGGAACACCGGGAAUUCAGAAGGAUUGUGCGGAAUCAACAUGUUAGCUUCAUACCCGAUCAAAACGCAUCCAAAUCCGCCUCCUCCAUCGCCUCCUGGCCCGACAAAAUGCAACCUUUUCACCUAUUGUUCAUCUGGAGAAACCUGCUGCUGUGCAAGGCAGAUUUUCGGGCUCUGCUUCUCGUGGAAAUGUUGCGGGCUAGAAUCUGCGGUUUGUUGCAAGGAUGGUCGACAUUGUUGUCCCCGAGAUUACCCGAUUUGCGAUACAACCAGAAACUUGUGCCUCAAAAAAACCGGGAACUUCACGGAGAUCAAGCCCUUCUGGAAGAAGGAUUCUUCAAAGAAACUUAGCAGCAUCGGAUCUGCGUUUGAGGAAUGGGUUAUGUAAGAUACGUUAUGAGAAUCUGCUAGAGAAUUGUUGUAGCUGUUGUUGCGAUACGGUAAUGGAUGUUCUUGAUCUGUCUUAAUAUCGAUGGAUUUUGCCGAGGUGUAUGUAUCAGAAUAAUGUUCCUUCUGAUCAAUAAAGAGCAUUUACAAA